CUAAUGGUCAGGGGUCCCUUUACCUUUACCUUAGUCAUGUGUGGUGCUGUACUGUUCAUUGCACUUUUUUCAUAGUACACUAAUUGACUGGGCAUCAGAGUACUUUUUGUUGGUGCUUCUCAGCCUGGCCUCUGUUUUCCAUUUAUUUGUUGUGAAAUAUUCCACCACUCAUACAUUCCUAAUAUGUUAAGUUUUAAAUUUUUGCAACAGAAUGUUUUUUCAUUUCUAUGAAUUAAUCCAACUCCUGACUUCUUUCUGGUUCUGUUAUGAUGGGUGUAACUCUUCUAUAUUGUAAACAUUUUGUUGUAAACCAUCAUGGGAGAUGUUUGCCUAAAGGGUGGUAUACAAAUAUACCAAAUAAAUUUAUUUUAAAUGCCCUUGUUGCUAUUAUGUAUCUCUGCUACUGUAUAUGAGAGGUUUUUUAAAGUUCAAAAGGUGAGAAUCCUAUGACAUAUUAUGCAAGCAGCUGAACUGAGAAAGAGUAAAACUGCUAGGAUCCUUGUUUUGGCUUGGCAGAUGCACACAUCUUUUUGCUAAUAUUAUUUAUUACACUGUAAUUUGUACAUAUAUGUUACAUAUUCUUCACAAUGUGGGACACAAUGUGUCCCAUUGUGGGUUGGGCUACAACAAAAAAUAUGAUAAGAUCUAAACAAAAAAGUAUAAAACACCAAUUCACAGUAAAAAAAAAAAGUACAGUAUCAGUUACAAAAGGGAAACCAGAUUCAGCCAUCCCCAAAAGUUCAGGUAAAAAGGUGCUGGCAUGGUGCUGAAAUGUGUGCAAAAUAGGUGCCAGGGCACAUUGGGAGAGGGAGUUCCAGACCUUGGAGGCCACUAGAAAGAAGUCUCUUCAAUGUGCUGCCAUGUCUUGAAUCUUCUAGGGCAACAGAAAUGCUAACAAGGCCUCCCACAGUGAAAACACCUCUUAGUUUGGUCUGUUUGGGACAAGUUGAUCUUUCAUGUAUGUUGGAUCCAUACCAUUUAGGACUUUAUAUAUCAAAGAAAAGACCUUCUUCAAUGUAUAGCCCACCUUUGUGGUGGGCUCACCUGAGGCAGUUUACAGUAUGACAAAACCGUAUACCAAAACAAGGUAAAAUUUAGUCAAGGAAUAAACUAACAAUAAUACUAAUAGGAGACCAAAAAGCCAACUGGCGAAAAGAUGGCUUUAAAAGUGAUUGAUGCCGCUCCUUAUGUUGUCUCUGUGUUCUGCUGGAAAUUCCAAAUCACUUUUUGCAACCAACUUUCUACCUUCUGUUCUUCCUUCUCUCUUGAGUCUGAAGUAAAAAUUUCUUUGUAAAAUAUGUGCUAUCUGUAUAGGUCACUCACAGAUCUAGUUUGCAUUCUUUAAUACAACAUCUGAAGUGGUCCUGGUAGGGCCACUUCAGAUAUUAAAGUUUUCCUAUAGGGAAAGCAUUAAUGUUUAUACUGCUCAUUUGGGAGUGAUUCCACAUCUCCAUAUAUAUAGCCUAGCUGUAAUUGGCCACACUUGCAUGUUUAGAAAAAGUUGGUGUAGCAUGGUUCAGUCUACCUGUUGAGUGCUUGGAUUUUUGUGUACUAAUUUGUGUAGAAAAACCUGUCUGAAGUAGUUUGCAAUAAUUCCCCACUGUUAGCCUAGAACAAAUAAAUUUUAGACACAAAGUGGGAUUACUUAUCAUCUUUUCUCUUUUCCCUAACCUUUUGCCUGUCUUUGCCAAAUCCUGGUUGCUGCUUUGCAUAUCUAAAGGAUCUGUCCCUUUCACUUCUUGCAUCUUCGACCAAACAUUUGUUCACCCACAUCUUAUAUUACAGCAGUUCCAUCUUGCUACUCUUGCUCCAGACUUGCUUUGUGGUCUCUAGAAAGAAAUGCUACAUGCACUGACUUCUUGUCUUUUGCUACACCAGGUUCAGUGUCCUGGUCCUUAGAGCUAAGGCUGUUCAGUUCCCAACCCCCCACAUUCUCAUGUUCUGCACACUUACCUGUUAUAAGUUUUCCUUCUUUCCUUUUCUUACUUUCUAUGUGUCUGGUCAAAUUUCCCCUAUGAUGCAGGUUGUUCACCUGUGCCCUACGUGGUCAGUGCAGGAUUACCAAAUGGGCAGAGUAGGCACCAGACUAUGGGCCUUUCCUUUUAGGGGCCCCAUGACAAUGGAUCAAAAUAAAAUUGAUUUGAUCUUGAGAGAAAAUUACAAAAACGUAUUGGAAAUAAUUUGUGAGCCCCCACCCCCCAAUUUUGAGUGCCUGGGGGCCUCCACAGGGUUUAAUCCAGCACUGUAAAUGGGUUGUGACCUGCAUACUUUUAAAGUCUCCUCCUGAACAAAUCCUGAAUAUUUUUAUUUGUUGUAUCCUUAAAAUGAGGAUCUAGUUAAGUAAAUUAGCCUGAAAUUUAAUGUACUUGUCUGGCACUGUGGCAUGUGUUACAAUGGAUGUCUAAGAUUUGGCAAGUGUCAACAAUGGUAGACAAACAUUGUGCAUGUCAAAACUUGAGACAAACAUCACUGAAUAUCAACACUUAAUAUACAUUAAUGUACUCCAAAAAUUGGGCAAAACAACUAUUUUCAGACUUAGCAGGGAUUCACAUGUUAAAGUCAACAUGCAUUAGAUUUUGGCUACUAGUUUAAUUAAAAAUUACUUUAAACCUUUUUAAUUAUUUAAAAUGCAACCCCCAUACAUAGACACAUAGAAUCAUAGAAUUAGAGAGUUGGAUGGGACUCUGAGAGUCAUUUAGUACACGCCAUCCGACAUCCAAUUUGAAAUCAUCCUUAACCCUGCUGAGCUUUGAAAAUGUGCUAGCAGUUUUACUGUUGCACCACUGGAGAAGUGUGAUCAAGCAGUCCUGACUAACAGUGCUGGGUGCCUCAGUUAUAUUACUGGGUCAUUCCAUAUCAAGUGAUCAAAUUUUAAAUGAUUUUUUUUUACUUCAUGUUAUCCAUUUUUCUUAAAAUUUUGUGCACUUAUUGAACAAUCAAAACUAAGUUUAAAUCCAACAUUUUAUUUUUUUAUCUCCCAUUUUUGAGUUAUGAGGGUGAUGUCAUGUGCUGUUGUUCAUUUGAGGUUGCAUUUGCCCAAUUUUAAGACCUGGUGAGGAAUAGAUUAUUAUUAUUAUGUCUUGAUAUGUAAAACCACAGAAUUCAAAGAGGGUGUGCUUUCUUUUCCUGUGACUGUAUAUCUGAGUUUCUAACACUGACAAGAAUAGUGUUACAGUUUCAAUGCUCAUUACUGUCUUAUCAGUCUAAUGAAACAAUCUUUCAUAUUUACAAAGCAGAAAAGUAAAAAUAAAUAAAUCAGAUGCAGUUAUAACAUUACUGUAUUGCCACUUUUAGCUGAACCUCAAGACAGUAUUCUCACCUACAUCUACCUGUUUUGGCAGGUAACACAGCUAUAUAGACAGGUUUUUAAGGAUCUGCCAGUUCUAGUUAACUAUAAGCAUGAAAGCAUUCUAUGUUGGUCCCAGCCCAUGAUGUGAAGGCGCAUGUUGUAGCAGUUUUGUGGAAGCUAAGCAGAUCUAGAUCUGGGUUAAAUUCAAAGUGUGCUGAGACACGAUCAUCUAAAAUGCUUGUUAGGUUGAGAUUAAUGAAUGCCAUUUUAAACAACAUAGAAUGAAGAGCCUCUGAAAGUUCAUCUUGGAAGGGCAACAGGACCUCAUCCAGAAUCUAAUCCAGAUCAGCACCAUGUUGUAUGAUUUUGUGGAUAACGUGAUCGUCAUUCAACUUAAGAUAAUUGUGGAGUUAUGACUAACAGAUUUGUCACAGCUGAAGUUUUCAGAGGAUUGGACUCCCACUGUCUGCAAAAGCAGACCAGCAACCUGAAUGCUCCUAUGGCUCAAUUUUUCUGGGUCUGCUUAAAUUGUCAUGCAGCUUCUGAUACAGGAUCUCCAGGUUUGUCUUAAUACCUGAUUAGCUUCCACUGCAGCAAAUUACAUAGCCAUGGUUUGGGGUGAUAUGCCUAAAUUAAAAGAUAACCACACUUCAUCGUAUUCUUCAACCAUGGAAGACCUGGAUGUGGAUCUUGACUCUGAACUAGAGGAAGAUGACAUUAAACAUGAGAGCCCUUAUGAAGAUUCCACAAUCUUUGUAGCUUUUAAAGGCAAUCUUGAUGAUGAUGACUUCAAACAGAAAUUGGACAUCAUUUUGAACAAUGUUCCUGGCCUUUUACACCUGGAAUCUGAAAAGUUAAAACUGAAGAAGGUGGAACCCUGGAACAGUGUACGUGUUACUUUCAAUAUUCCUCGUGAAGCAGCUGAGCGACUACGAUUGCUGGCUCAGAACAACAACCAACAACUUAGAGACUUGGGAAUCCUCUCAGUUCAAAUUGAAGGUGAAGGUGCCAUCAAUUUGUCAUUGGCUCAAAACCGAGGCCAAGAUGUGAGGAUUAAUGGGCCUAUUGGACAAAACAACUCAGUACGAAUGGAGACAGGCUUUCCCAUACCAGGAAACCAAGGGUUAAUAAGAAUAAACAAUCCUGCAACUGUGAUGAUGCAGCAAAGUGGGAAUGUAUCAUCAUCUAUGAUGACGAGUGCAGCUAACACAGAGUUGCAACCUAGAACACCUUGUCCAACAUCUCAGUCAGAUUCAGUGGAUCCACUUUUGUCAGGGCUAGCUAUCCAACAGCAAAAUCAUCCAUCUGGAUCUGUAGUGCCUCAGCUCCAUUCAGUACAGCCAGUUUCUGUUAAUAGGCAAAUAAACCCAGCCAACUUUCAGCAGAUGCAACCACAGCAACAAUUGCAGCCACGCCCUCCUCAACAGCACCAGCAACCACAACAGGGUAUUCGUCCUUCGUUCACAACCCCAACUCAGGUUCCAGUUUCUCCUGGUUGGAACCAGGUGCCUUCUGGAAUAGUUCAGCCUCCUCCGUCACAAGGCACAAUGGGCACAUUGACAGUUAACCAGGGCUGGAAAAAGGGCCCUUUGCCUGGACAAAUGCAGCAGCAACUCCAAGUCAGACCAUCUUUGGCAACGGUACAAACACCCUCCCAUCCUCCACCCCCAUACCCUUUUGGAAGCCAACAAGCUUCUCAGGCACACACAAACUUUCCUCAGAUGAACAACUCUGGCCAAUUUACUGCUCCUCAGAUGAAGAAUCUUCAGGGAGGGCCUUCACGGGUCCCUACACCACUACAACAACCCCACCUGACCAACAAAUCUCCUGCCUCCUCUCCCUCCUCUUUUCAGCAAGGAUCUCCUGCAUCUUCCCCAACAGUUAACCAAGCACAGCAGCAGAUGGGACCAAGGCCUCCCCAGAAUAAUACUCUCCCCCAGGGGUUCCAACAGCCUAUUAAUUCUCCUAGCCGUAAUCCUAUGGUACAGCAGGGGAAUGUACCUCCAAACUUCAUGGUAAUGCAACAGCAAAACCAGGGUCCACAGGGCUUACAUCCCGGGCUAGGAGGAAUGCCCAAGCGUCUCCCACCUGGCUUUCCUGCAGGACAGGCAAAUCAGAACUUCAUGCAAAGUCAGGUGCCUUCUACAGCACCAGGGACACCUGCAAAUAGUGGAACACCCCAAUUGCAAACAAGUCAGAGCGUGCAGCACACAGGUGGUCAAGGAAAUGGUCCUCCUCAGAAUCAGAUGCAAGUUCAACAUGGCCCAUCAAAUAUGAUGCAGACCAACUUAAUGGGUCUUCAUGGAAAUAUGAGCAACCAGCAGACAGGUACCAGUGGAGUUCCACAAGUUAAUAUGGGCAACAUGCAGGGACAGCCUCCACAAGGACCACAAUCUCAGCUAAUGGGGAUGCACCAACAAAUAGUGUCCUCCCAAGGACAGAUGGUGAACAUUCAGCCUCAGGGAUCUCUAAAUCCUCAAAACCAGAUGAUACUUUCUCGAGCUCAGCUCAUGCCACAGGGCCAGAUGAUGGUCGCAUCUCAGAACCAAAAUCUUGGUCCAUCACAACAAAGGAUGACACCACCCAAGCAGAUGAUUCCCCAGCAAGGCCAACAGAUGAUGGCUGCACAUAAUCAGAUGAUGGGACCGCAAGGCCAGGUGUUGCUGCAGCAAAAUUCAAUGAUGGAGCAGAUGAUGACCAAUCAGAUGCAAGGAAAUAAGCAGCCAUUCGGUGCUCAAAGCCAGUCCAAUGUUAUGACGGGGCCAGCUCAAAUAAUGAGAGGACCAACCCCCAAUAUGCAGGGAAACAUGGUGCAAUUCACAGGACAGAUGAUGGCCCAGCAAGGCCCUGUGAACAGCAAUCCUUCUCAGGUUAUGGGGAUUCAAGGACAAGUUCUGAGACCCACAGGAACUAACCCUCACAUGUCUCAGCAACUGGGUGAUACCACCACUACUACAAACAGUGAUGUGAACUUGACACAAAUGCUACCUGAUGUUUCUAUGCAACAAGGAAACAUGGUGCCUCCCCACUUGCAAGGGAUGCAGGGAAACAACAAUACACCAGGGAGCCAUUUUGCUGGGCAUGGGAUGCCUUUUAGUACUCCUUUUAGUGGAGCUCAAAAUGGGAAUCAGAUUUCCUGUGGACAAAACCCAGGUUUUCCUGUCAACAAGGAUGUCACAAUAACAAGCCCUUUGUUGGUAAACUUGCUGCAAAGUGAUAUAUCUGCAGGACAUUUUGGUGUGAACAGCAAACCGAACAAUCAAAAUGCCAAUAAACCCAAGAAGAAGAAACCUCCAAGGAAGAAGAAAAAUAAUCAGCAAGUAGAACAAAUUAAUGCUUCAGAACCACGCCCAGCAGGCCUUGAAGAGUCAGAUCAGCCACCAUUACCAGGAGAGCAAGGUAUAAAUUUGGAUAACACUGGACAUAAGCUUUCGGACUUCACAAACAGGCCACCAGGCUACACAGCCCAGCCAAUGGAACAAAGAGCUCUUCAGCAAAUACCUCCUCAGCUUUUGCAGCAUGGACAACAGCAGCAGCAGCAGCAGCAGCCACCCACAUCUCAACAGACACAGUCCCAGCAGCAACAGAUGAUGAUGAUGCUCAUGAUGCAGCAAGACCCUAAAUCUGUCAGGCUUCCUGUUUCCCAAGGUGUCCAUCAACCUAGAGGCCCUCUGAAUGUAGACUCACAAAGAAUGUCAAUGCAGCAGGGGGGCAACAUGUCGGUGAUGGUUAAUCUUCAAGGUCCUGGUUCAGUGCCUCCAUCUCCUGACAAGCAAAGGAUCCCAAUGCCAAACAACCAGCCUCUUGUGAACAGUGCACGAAAGAUGGUUUACCCAGAUAAUGCACAGAAUCCAACCAGCUCUCCACUGGGAGAAGUUUCAUCAGUGCCCUCUGUUUCAGAAGGAAAUGGGCCUGAAGUCCCUUUAGCAUCUGGGCCUCAAAAUAAUAUAGCACCCCACUUAGUAGUUUCACAGAACCAGUUAAUGAUGGCAGGGCCAAAACCUGGACCUUCUCCAAUGUCAGCUCCUCAAGGUACAAGCCCUCAGCAGCAGUCUAAUUCUCUUACUGGCCCUCACCCGCAUCAUUUUCAGAAUGUUCCUACCACAUCACAAACAUCAAGACCCAAAACUCCAAACAGGGCAAGUCCAAGACCAUACUAUCCACAGACUCCCAAUAACCGUCCACCAAGCACAGAGCCAUCAGAAAUAAGUUUAUCUCCAGAGAGGCUCAAUGCUUCUAUUGCAGGCCUCUUUCCUCCUCAGAUUAAUAUUCCUUUGCCUCCCAGGCCCCAUCUUAAUAGAGGAUUUGAUCAGCAGGGUCUUAAUCCAACCACUUUGAAGGCUAUUGGGCAAGCACCCUCAAAUCUUGCAAUGAAUAGCCAAUCGAGUUUUGUUUCACCACAAGCACAUAAGUUGGACUCCAUGGCUAUUAAUUCAGGAAAGCAAACCAAUGCUUGUGGAGCAAAGCGAGCCAGUCCAAGUAACAGCAGAAGGUCCAGCCCUGGAUCCAGUAGGAAAACAACACCAAGCCCUGGGAGGCAGAACUCAAAAGCAACUAAGUUAGGUUUGACAUCUCAGCAGAAUCCAGGGCUCAUGCAAAACAUAGAUUUACAAAGAAGUAUGAUGGUCGGUCCAGCCUCUUUGCAAAUGCCUACGCCUGGAAGUUUUCAGAAUAAUGGUAUGAUAGCUGCCCAGAAUCCUGCAAUCCCUGUAUCAGUCAUGAGUGGUAUUCCUGAGGAUAAUAAAGAUGGCUUUAGCACCCCUCAAGAGAGUGUGUGCCAGAAUAUGCAGGUUGCCCCAGUGAACAAAGAUCAGCGCAACAUUGAGCUGAAAGGCGUUCCCAGCCAAGAAAUUAAAAUACUGGUCCAUGAAGAGCAACAGAAGAGGGAGGUCCCUCCCAUAGAAUCUAACAAGCUUCCCAGUCUGGAAGAAAACAAGAAUCUUAUCUCUCCAGCUAUGCGGGAGGCACCAACAUCCUUAAGUCAACUUCUUGACAAUUCUGGGGCUCCUAAUGUUACCAUUAAACCUCCUGGUCUCCCUAGCCUUGAAGUGCCUCCACCAGUGACUUAUGCAGAGGAAUUCAAAAAGAUUGCUGCCAUUCCUCCUCCCCAACAGGAUCCUCCUAGUAAAGACUCUGUCUGUUCCCUAAGUUUACCUGCAAAUACUGAAGCCUGUUCAACUCAAGUGCAACAAGAUCUGGGUGACAUAAAUUCAAGUGUUUCCCAGAAUAUUUCUCCAGUAAUACAGAGGCCUGUUAGCUCUGCUUCUAUUUCUACAUCACUCCCACCCAAUCAGAUAACAGUAUUUGUAACUUCCAACCCUAUUACAUCAUCAUCUAACACGCCUGCAUCAUUGCCCUCUCAUCUACAGUCUACAUUAAUGCCUGCUGUUGUCACCAUGCCUAGUGUUGGCAAUAAAGUUAUUGCUUCUGAAGGACAAACCACAGUUCAGUCCAAUGCUCGGCCUCAGUUCAUUACGCCAGUUUUUAUAAAUUCAUCCUCAAUAAUUCAGGUUAUGAAAGGAUCCCAGCCAAGUACAAUUCCUGCAACCCCAAUGACUUCUAAUUCUAGUUUAAUACCACAGUCUGUUGCAGUUGUUGGCCCUUUGCAUUUGUCCCAGAAUAUAAAAUUCUCAUCAGGGCCUGCUCCUCCUUGCUCGUCUUCUAAUACUCCUAUCUCAAGUAUACCAACAAGUCGGCCAGUGGUUAUUAAUUCAUUGCCAUCUCCUAUUCAGCUUCCUUCUCCCUCAUUAAUGGCUCCUUCAAGCACUUCUCCGCAUCCUUCCAUUCAGCAAGUCAAAGAUUUCAACCCAGAGGAGUUAAGUUCUCAGACGUCAACAUCUGACUCUAAUGCUGAAGCAACCUCACAGCCUGGAGCUGUGGUCUCCCCAUCUGGUGACCAGAGCCCUGGAUCUUCCGUCAACAGACGAAGUCCAGUUUCAUCUACAAAGGGAAAAGGGAAGGUGGACAGAAUUGGUCAGUUUUUGCUGACAAAAGCAUGCAAGAAAGUCACAGACUCGGUUGACAAAGGGGAUGAUCAAUACGGUGUGGAAGGAGAAGUGGAAGGUCAAGGACAAGACAUUUCAAUCACCAACAGUCUGGAAAUGGAACAGUUACCAGUAGAACUAGAAGACAAUAUGGUGGCCUCUCCGGGUCCCACUCUUUCGAAACAAAGCACUUCCGGAACUGGCCAUUUAAGUGCUAGUACUACUGCCGCUGUUUCUGCCUCUGUAUCUCUAAGCUUACCAGGUAGCACUCCUUCCACUAACGUUCUUUCAGUUGUAACCACUCCAGUGAUCUCUGACAUCCUAACCACAAUUCCAAGCACUAAUGGUAACACCUUCAGUUUACCUGCGGAGCAGGUUGGGAUUGGACCAGAAGAUGAGAAAACAGAAGACCAUCAUGAAUCGCCACAGAAUAAGGCCUCUUUAUCCCAGACUCCAAUUGCAACACCAGAAAGUAGUGUUCAAAGAACAGAACUGGAAUCAAAUUCUGCAAUUAUUUCUGGCCUGGUUACAAAUGAGCCGAAGGAGAGCUGCGAAAAGGCUAAAACUCCGAGCAGAAGAAAUUCAAGGACGGAGGAAUCUUCAGCAGUGCAGGAGACUGUAGAGAAUGGGCAGCGCAAGAGGUCCUCCAGACCAGCAUCAGCAUCCAGCACUGCAAAAGAAACAAAUGCAAGUGUUAUGCAGUCAAAAAGAAGAAAAUCCAAAUGAAGUACUGAGUGGAUAUUCAAGGCUUGUAAAUGUGUGAAUUUUUUUACCGAUAGCAGUUCUGAGCUGUGAUUUCUCACUAUAUAUAAAAACAAACAAAACAAAAACAAAAACUAAACAAAAACUCUAAAAUUCUGUACAGUAAUUAAUUUUACUAUGAUCCUGUUCCCAGUAAAUGCAAAGUUUCUUUUUUCCUGAAGACUAAAUGAUGAGUUGGGGGAAUCAGGUUAUUUGUUAAAUUCUCUGGUUUUAUAAAGUCUAUACAUAGCACACUAGAUUUAGCGUGUUGUAAAGAAUCUGAGGAGAUAAUUGUAAAUUUUUACCUACGUUUUCACUUUUCAUAGGAGAAACUAGAGUACAGGGUUGUCAUGUUUUUUUUAGAUAUAAAAAUGAUGUAUUGUGCUGUUGGUCAAGUACUGUAUGUGAAUAGCAGUUAAAAGGGUUAUAUAUGGCCCAAUCUUGGAAAUGUAAAUAGUUUUAUUAUAUAGUAGGCUUGAUGUAUUUGUUGUAGAAAAGGACCAGUGGAAAAAAAUGAGAGAGUUUGUGAAAUGUGGAUUACCUAGUGCUCUAAAUAAAUGUCAUCGAUCUAUA